GCGGACAGCAGCGGCAGCCUUCUGGCGCGGAUAUUUUUUUGAAUUUUCUGGAUUUAUACAUCACAGAUAAACUCCGGGAUGCCUUCAAAUGUCCAAGGUGGGAAAGCCUUCGGGCUGUUAAAGGAGCAGCAAAGGCAAAAAUUGGAAGAAAUAAACAAGGAAUACCUGGAAGACCAGAAAUACAGGGAUGAAGAAGACCUGCCUGAAAAAUUGGAAAGUUUGAAAAAUAAAUAUGCAGAGUUUGACCUGAACGACCAAGGCGAGAUUGAUCUGAUGGGUCUAAAGCGGAUGAUGGAGAAGCUGGGGGUGCCCAAGACCCACUUGGAGUUGAAAAAAAUGAUCGUUGAGGUGACAGGCGGCAGCAGCAACACCAUCAACUACAGGGACUUUGUCAAGAUGAUGCUGGGAAAACGCUCAGCUGUGCUCAAACUAGUUCUGAUUUUCGAAGACAAAGCCAACGGCUCACCCUGCAAGCCAGACGGACCCCCUCCGAAGCGGGACAUCGCUAGCCUGCCUUAAGCCUAGAUGUCAGCCUCCAGACUGCUAGUGGAGCAGAGGGACCAUCAGUGGUUGCGUGGAAUAACAUGUGGAGUGUCGUGAUAAUGUGGGACCCGUGAUCGAGGAUGUUAUUUUGUGAAUAUAUACGAUGUGUGCAAGGUUUCUGUUAUUUGGAAGACUGAGCCCAAAACUCACUAAAUGAUGUUUGACUGUGAAUAUUCUGAUUCAUCUUUUAUUUUUCCUUAAUUAAGAUGUAGCAGUGAUAGGUGUACACGUAAUCAGCUCGGUAAGUUAAAACAUUUUCCUAGUAAGUGUUUCGUGGGUAUAUUUUAAGGGAAGACUCAAAAUUCUCCACUAAGUUGCUUUUCCUUCUGUGUUCCGUUGUUUCGUUUUUUUGAGACGCAUUCGGUUUUAACGACGUGAGGGUAGGACGUUUUUUGAAGAAGCACAAGGAAAAGAAGCAGUUUUUUCCGACACAUUUUUUUGCACUGUCCUCAGCGGUCUUUGCAUGGAUUCCUGCCAGGCUUAUCUUAGUCAACGCCUCGCUUUAGAUCAGGUGCCAGAGAUUACAGGGCCAGCUCAUUUCCUCUGGGACAUCAGCUCCUUGAAGCUGAAACACUGAUCUGGAAUCAGUAGUUAUCAGGAGCCAUCUCAUGAGGCGAUAACCAUUUUCUGUAGAUGAGUGUACUGCUACGCGUUUCGAAUAUCCACUCACACAUAAUCGACAGAAGAAUAAGAGAUCAUCUCGACCGGGGGGGGACUUUCAGUGUCAGUACGCGGCUUGAAGCACAGCAAAUUCGAGUCCGUUUCAGAUCUGUGAGGUUUACGGAAGGAGUGUGAUUUACAAGCACACAAGCAGAACAAAUGUACAUAUUAUUACUCCACACAGUACAAUCAUAUUCUUUCCAAGUGCCUCAACAUGCAGAUACUGUAGACGCUGUAGAGUUAAACACGCAGUUUCAACAAGAGGGUGCACACAAGUGUUCAGUUCAAGCUUAGCUUAUUAACUCCAGAAAACCAUGAAACAAUGUUCUUUGGUAUUUAAGGUAGUUUUAAUGUUGAAUUUUAUCGAUUCUAUUUUUUUUUCUUGCUUUCCACAAAGUCCUGAGUGAGUGAAAUUCACAAGUGGUAUUUUUUUUUAAAUGUAUCUCGUGUUUUAUCCCCUUUUUUUCUAACCAUCAUUUUAUAUGUCACUGCAAGCAUUUAAUCUGUUUAUUGGGCGAUUUAUGUUCAUCUUUCUCCCACGUAUUGUUUUAUCAACCAGCCAUUUAUCUUUGUUUAACAGGGUUUAAUGUCCUUUGAAUUCAGUCAUGUGUGCCUCUGUGUUUGUGUACAGUUUUUCCUAUAACUCACGCUAUUUACUGUGAAAUCGGUACUUUUCCAUCUAACAUGUUGGUGGUUUCUUUUCAGUCUGGUAGAUAUCUUACAUAUUUUAGUGUUGUUAAGAUGCACAUUGUUUGCAGACACCAAAGGAAUUAAACAUUUCUUCUUACACUGGCCUGUUAAGUUUUAAAUUGUCAACAGAGGUAACGGAGAUCCUGCUUAAACAAGUGGUGACAAGUUGAACAAUAGGAUUUGAUGGCAUCCUGCACAGAGAGAGGUUAAAUGCAGUAAUAUUUACUGUCUCUUUAUACUGUAUAAUAAAAGGUGACUUGGCCUUCACUUACAAAGAGCUCCGCAGUCAUAAAGAUUAGCCGUCCUUUAAGCAAGUUUACAAUGGGAAGAAGAUCGCGUUGCAACACAUCUUUGGCUGUUUGUGCAGAUAAAUGUACAGGUGAAACUAAUGCAUUAUCACUUUUGCAAACACAACGUCUUGUGUUUCAUUUCAUCUUCCAUUUCCUUUUCUGUAUGACGAUUAAUCCUGUGUGUGUGGCUGUCACUGCUAGUUGAGUCACUGUUUCAGAGUUCAAAAAAAAAAAGAAAAAAAAUUGCUUUCAUUCCAUAUUUUUAUGUACUUGCGUGCAAACAUACACUUGAGCAAUAAAAUGUUUUCAUGAGAAAGUAAA